ACAGAGGGACUCUCCAGCAAAGCGGAUUAAGGAGACGAAACCUGUCCCGUCAGCGGAUUUGAACUGCACGAGGACUCAGAUUUCCACAGGGAAAAUAUAGUUUAUUUAUAUGUUUAUUUUUAGAAUUUGGCAUUAAGAAACUCCGAACUCUGUAACCCGUCACCAUGGGUAUCUCAGAAGUACUUAACAAACUUCGAGAUCGCGCAGAUAAAUUUCUAAAUGAGAAAAACAUGGUUACAGAUUUCCUUGGAAAACUGGAGGAGAAAACGGGAAUCAAGAAAAAAAUUAUUGCCCUAGGUGCAGUGUCUCUGACGGGACUGUAUUUGGUAUACGGCUAUGGCGCCUCCCUCCUCUGUAACAUGAUUGGAUUUGUGUAUCCUGCAUAUUACUCAAUCAAAGCCAUCGAGAGCACAAACAAAGAAGAUGACACAAAAUGGCUGACCUAUUGGGUCGUCUACGGAAUCUUCAGUUUGGCGGAAUUCUUCUCUGACAUCUUCCUCUACUGGUUUCCUUUCUACUAUGCUUUCAAGUGCCUGUUCUUGUUGUGGUGCAUGGCCCCCGUCACGUGGAACGGCUCUCAGAUUCUGUACAACCGGGUGGUGCGGCCCUUCUUCCUCAAGCACGAGGCCACCGUGGACAGCAUGGUCAAUGACCUCAGCGGGAAGGCCAUGAAUGCAGCCGAGUCCGUCACCAGAGAAGUCCUUCAAUCACUGGUGAAAAACAAGACUAUAGUACCACAAGCAUCAGGGGCCAAAGGCUUACCCAGCGCAUCAGGGGCCAAAGGCUUACCCAGCACAUCAGAUGCAUCAGGGGCCAAAGCCUUACUCAGCACAUCAGAAUCAGCUAAGAUUAUCAGUGAGUUGAUCUACACUGAACCCACUGUAGACUAAUGGUAAGUGUCACACAUUCACACUGUGUGUGUAUACAGUAUCACUCACUGUAUUCACCCGGUCAACCACAAGGUUUUGUGGGCAGUGGCUGAAUCUGGUGGCACAGAUUGCUAUUUGCAUUAACCAAGUGCUCUAACCUCCUAAAGGAAUAGUUCAUUACUAAAGUUUGUCAGAUGGUUUUAGACUUCCAAAUUCGUCUCGCGUCGUAUGAGUCCAUGCCCCAUGCCAUUUGUUGUGUAGAUCCAGCUAUGCCGUUUUCCCAAAUGAAUGAGAAAGAUAUGGGCACCAUCUACUUCCUGUACACUCCCCUCCAUAUGUAUUUGGACAGGGACGCAAACGUUGUACAUUUCUUCAAGAAUCAAUGGGAACAUAUUAAUUUAUAAGUCCAAAAAUGUAUGUAGCAACUGCUGAUUGCCUCUUUAUGUGAAUUUGUCCAAAUACGUAUGACUUCCUCAACUGGGGAGUCAUGUGAAACAUUUGAUCUCAAAUCCAAAAUGGUGGAGUAUAGAACCAAAUUUGAAACGGUAUCUUCACUGUCCAAAAACAUAUGAAGGGGAGUGUAUACUGUGCCCAUAUUUCUUUCAUUUGCCUAUAUUUCAUGUCAUUUUGACAUAACUACUUUGAGUGUCUUACAUUUUAUUUGGUGAACUAUGAGCAACUACGAGUGAAAUAUGAGCAACUAUGAGUGAACUUUGAGCAAAUCUUUACAGACCAACAGGUAGAGGCAUCCCACCAAGACAAGUCUCAGUGAUGGUACUGAUGACAGCAAACCAAACCAUGCCAGAUUCACAGGAAAGACUUCGGGUUUCCAUGUUGAAUUGCAAACUGCUGAACCACUAAUACUUAUGAUUGGAAAACAAUGACACAAGUCUGACAGAGAUUGGGAUACCAUUACACAGACAGAUAACGGGACAGGAAAAAAACAUAACCAAGGUCAAAUUCUGCUUUAUAUCGACCAAAACCAUUGCAACUGAAAAACACUUCACAUCCGCAAGGUUGUGGGUGGUUAGUUGAAUGGUAUGCAAUAUCUGAUAUUUUGACCUUCUCAUCACCUGAUUAGAGUAACUGAAUUUAAACUGGUCUUUGGUUUACAAUCAAUGCAGUGUCCUUGUCUGCAGGAGUGUGUGGGCUCAAUGCUUCAACAAUAGCCCACAGUGUUCUGGUCUUGGACUUCAUUGCUUUAGUUUUCACCGUUGUUCUUUGUUUCUUUUUGGACAUGUUUUUCUCUCUUUGUGUCUUGUAACAGUUUUGUAUAGUCGGAUCUAGGCCAUAUGAAAAUUAAAUUGACACAUACCUCUACUGUAAGUUAGAAAUGCAUUGGGUCUUGGAAUCCUAGUGAUAUUGUCCAAUGGUAAAUACUAGUACUGUGUAUUUAACCAAUCAUUUAAGGAGAAAGUGUAAUAAAUGGUACGUCAUGAGUUAGGCAAUUAAGUUAUUUCAAAAACAGUCCUUUAUUCCUUUUAUUAUACAUGUACAUAUGUUGUACUCUCAAAAGGACGUAAAGUAAGUUGUACCUUGUAUAUCAAUAAAAGUGUCCUCUUCUUA